UUAUAGGUGCGUUAGUUCACUUUUUAGCUCAUAUUUUUCAUUGGUCCUUUCAUGUGGGAGGAGCUCGUAUGGCACUUUGCAGAGGAUUCAGGAUGCAUUACAGCAAUAAUGCAGGAAACUUGACCGCUGCUGAAUAUACACGCACCCCUGCACGCACAUCUAGGCAAUGGAUGGCUUUUAACUUUGUAUAUUUUUGUGCUUUAAACAAACCAUGAGAGAUGCCCGGCCGCCUCCACUGACUGGCGCUACUGCAGAUGCUUCUCUCGCGGCAUAUGAGCGCAUAAACAACGUAUCAUCAUCAAUCUGUUCCCGUUAAAUCUCUAACCUGAAGUCAUGGCCAGAUCAGCAAACCGAAAGGGCCAGGACGGAGACUCAAGGGUAUCGGAGAGAGGUGAACUGUCUCUGGAGGAGGUGCUCAAGUCUUACCAGCAGCCCAUCAAUGAGGAGCAGGCUUGGGCUGUGUGUUACCAGUGCUGCAGACAACUGAAGGCGCCGCGCCCGGCGGACACUCGUGCCCAAUAUCUCAUCUCAGAUCCGUCCGCAAUCCUUCUGCAUAGAGACGGCACCGUUACCGCACAUCUGGACCGCACUGAUAACAGUAAUGCUGCUAACCCCGUGUCUGCUGCUGAGGACAAGCUGGUUAAGUCCAUGGGUGUGGCGAUCUAUCGUGCCCUGGACUGGGGACUGGAUGACACCGAAGAACGGGAAUUGAGUUCUCAGCUUGAGAAUUUGAUCGAAUUUAUGGUCAGCGGUCAGGACAGCACGGAGACCAAACUGUGUGCCGGUAAUACAGCCCAAGAUGAGGGCUACAGUGGCCAGGAGGAAGACGAAGAGGAGGACGGCAAACAUACUCUUCAUCAGGUCAUGAUGUUUUGUGUGAGCAGACUGGCGAAUCCAGCGUUAGCACCGGAGCACUACCAGGCUGUGUGUCGGGCACUUUUCCUGGAGACUCUUGAACUGCAGACUUUCCUCAGCAGGAUACGAGAUGCCAAAGAGAUGCUAAAGAAGAUCAGAACAGAGGAAUCCCAGGAGGAAAAUUCAAACGCUGAGCUUAAUGCUCUUCAAAACACCGACUGGACUCGGUUGUGGAUUCAGCUGAUGAAGGAGUUAAGACAGGGCGUAAAGCUGAAGAAAGUGGAGGAGCAGCCGUUUAACCCUUUACCCACAGAGUUUAGCCUUACACCCUUCGAGAUGCUUAUGCAAGACAUUCGCUUGCGCAAAUAUAAACUACGCAAAGUUGUGGUAGAUGGAAAUAUUCCUACAUGUGUAAAACAAAAUGCUCACGAGUUGAUCUUGGACUUCAUCAGAUCAAGACCUCCUCUUAAACCAGUUUCCGAGCGCAGCUUGCCUCCUCCUCCUCAGCAGCAUUAUUCUCUUCAUGAUCGGGUUCUGGCUGAGAUUAGACAAGAUCACAAAUUGAGACCUGUGGAUCCACCCACUCCUAAAAGAUCAUUUGGCUCUUUACCAUGUCUAGUACAAACCUGCCAGUGUGACAUCAAAUCUACUUCCUGCAUUGACCUGUCAGUCACAGAAGCAGGGUGCCGCCCACAAUCCCGAAUGCGUGUUCUCCUAAAAGCUCCAACACUGGCAGAAAUGGAGGAGAUGAAUAUAUUUGAGGAUGAGGACUCUCCAGAUUUAGACAUUAGACGCACAGAGAGCUCCCCUACGCCUUUGAAAAGAGAUCGGUCCUUCUCAGAACAUGACCUGGAUGAGCUGAGAGGGGAAGUGACAUCAUCCCUUUCAAAAACACCUGAGCUCACAGGUGUUGGUCCACUCAGAGGAGAGAGACCCCGAUCACACACGCUAACAGUGGUUGGACCACCACACAUGUACCAUGCCUCAUUCCCUGUGUUUGAUAGGAUGCCCCGGUCCAUCUGUAACACUUUCAGCUCAGAUGGUGAUGAAAGUGCUUCAGCAUCCUGUGAAAUCUCCCGGCGUCAGUGGAUGGAGGAGUUCAGUCAUCCAGUGGACAGUUUGGCCUUAACGGUGGAUGAGGUCAUCAAUGUGCGCCGAAUACUUGUCAAGGCCGAGAUGGAGAAAUACAUGCAGAACAAGGAGCUUUUUAAUAAUCUAAAGAAGGGCAAGAUAUGCUGCUGUUGUCGAGUAAAGUUUCCGCUGUUCUCGUGGCCGUCCACGUGCCUGCUUUGUAAAAGGUCUGUCUGUAGCUCUUGUAGUGCAAAGAUGAAGAUUCCCUACAAAAAGAUGGCACACAUUCCAGUGUACACGGUGGGAUUUCACAGCAGCAUGAAGAGUCACAAGAGUGAAGUCUAUAAGUCUCUGCAUUUCCUAUCCAGACACUCAGUAGAAGAGGAGUUUCCUCACCUGUAUGCCGCGGGCUGCAAUCUAAGGGAUGUGUGUUCUGAGUGCACAAAGUUUGUGGCUGAUGUCAUUUCCUCCAGUCGCAGGAGCUUAGACUUCAUCAACAACACACCAAAACACAUCAAAACACCUCAAAACACAUCACAACCGCACGCUUUCAAGAGGAUGAACAAAUGAAUGUAUCGACUGAUGUCUGAAUGUAAAAGUGUUUUUGGCUGGGAGACACCACAUCCCCUCUGCAUCUCAACACAAACUUUCCCCGAACAUGAAACAGAUCGCCAUACUCCUCUACUGUACACAUCUAACCAUGACAUAUAUCUAAUGAAGACAUUGCUUUAAGUAAAGACAAUUUCGCAUAUAUAACUGCAUAUUUAAAAUUAUUUACCUGUUCAGGUUAAAUAUACCUGUAGCAAAACUGUCUAUUACAUCUGACAUUAAUUAUAUUUUCAUGCCUUAGCAUUCAAAUUGACAUAUUUAUCAUCUAAGUGUGAUGUUAUUACUGAGGAUGGCAGAUAGGAUCUUAUUCUGAAUAAGGAAGCAAACUUUGUUU